ACAAUAGUUCUGUUUGUUUUAGCCUUUUUUUAAAAAAUUUUGUAGGCUAGGCCCACAAUACUGCAGAACUAAACACUGCUCAGCUGCUCUCGGCUCUCGCGCCUGCCUGCCCUAGCCGCUCGCCCGGUCCCACUCCCGCAUAGGCGCCGCCGCCGCUACCCGCUACCCCCGCAGCCGGCACUCGGCAGGUUCUUCCCCUGGCAUCCGGCACUCGGCUUCUUCUUGCCCCGGCUCCCGGCGCGGCGGCGCCCGCUCCUCCUCCCCCCGCUCGCCCGCUGCAGGUCCUCCCCCGCGGCACGCGCCCGCUGCUGCAGCCUGCAGCUCCCACCCCAACUGGCGAUUGCAGCUCCUCCGGUCCUCCCCCUGCCGGCGCCGCCUGCGAGCUGCACAGCUGCAGCUCCCCCCCUGGCUGGCAGAGCUGCAGCUUCAACUCUCUUGAAGGCAAAAGCUUGCAUGCUCUGCGGGCGCCGACGCCGCUCGUUGGGAGCACUAGGAUUGGCUUCAGUUCGGGGCUCCGCUUUUGCUCCAACAGAGUCCUCAGAGGGUUAACUCCCAUUGGCGCGAUGAAGUCGUAUAGGCUAUCGGAGCUCAGCGACACCGAAGUUAGCGGCCUCAAAGCUCGUCCCCGCAUCGAUUUCUCAUCUAUUUUUGGCACGGUGAAUCCAAUCGUUGAAGAUGUCCGUGUGAGAGGUGAUGCAGCAGUUAAGCACUACACAGAAAAGUUUGACAAGGUCAUGCUUGAUGAUGUUGUCGUCUGUGUUAGCGAUCUUCCAGAUGCAGAGCUUGAUCCAGCUGUGAAGGAAGCCUUUGAUGUUGCAUAUGACAAUAUAUAUGCCUUCCAUGUUUCACAAAAAAUACCUGAGAAGACAGUUGAAAAUAUGAAAGGCGUAAGAUGUAAGAGAAUAACUAGAUGCAUUGGUUCUGUUGGGCUGUAUGUCCCAGGUGGCACUGCAGUCUUGCCUUCAACUGCAUUGAUGCUUGCUGUGCCUGCACAGAUUGCUGGAUGCAAAACUAUUGUUCUUGCCACACCACCUAGCCGUGAUGGUAGCAUAUGCAAGGAGGUUCUUUACUGUGCAAAGAAAGCUGGUGUGACACACAUAUUGAAAGCUGGAGGAGCUCAGGCAAUCUCAGCAAUGGCAUGGGGAACUGCAUCUUGCCCAAAGGCUGAGAAGAUUUUUGGACCUGGUAACCAGUAUGUAACAGCUGCCAAAAUGAUUCUUCAGAACAGUGAAGCUAUGGUAUCUAUAGACAUGCCUGCUGGCCCUUCUGAAGUUUUAGUCAUUGCUGAUAAAUACGCGAACCCAGUUCAUGUUGCUGCUGAUCUGCUAUCCCAGGCAGAACAUGGCCCAGAUAGUCAGGUUGUUCUAGUUGUUGCUGGAGAUGGUGUUGAUCUGGGUGCCAUUGAGGCAGAAGUUAGCAAGCAGUGCAACGCGCUUCCAAGAGGUGAAUUCGCUUCAAAAGCACUUAGCCACAGCUUCACUGUGUUCGCGAAAGAUAUGGUUGAGGCGAUAUCAUUCUCAAAUCUGUAUGCCCCUGAGCAUUUGAUCAUCAACGUAAAGGAUGCUGAGCAGUGGGAGGAGUUCAUCGAAAACGCAGGGUCAGUUUUCUUGGGCCAAUGGACCCCAGAGAGCGUGGGCGAUUAUGCGAGCGGGACGAACCAUGUCCUUCCGACCUAUGGUUACGCAAGGAUGUACAGCGGUGUAUCGCUGAACUCUUUCCUCAAAUACAUCACUGUCCAAUCCCUAACAGAGGAAGGGCUGAGAAAGCUGGGGCCGUACGUCGCGAAGAUGGCCGAAGUGGAGGGGCUAGAGGCGCACAAGAGAGCCGUUACCCUUAGGCUGCAAGAGGUUGAGGCCAAUGUAACUGUCUAGCCGCUGUCCAUGGUCUAUUGCAACGUUCAGACUCGAUGUGGGAUGCUGGAGUUCUUCCCUAGGAACCUAGGGGAACUGGACUAUUGAUGUCUUCCAAACAGGCUCUGGAAUGUUAGAAAGAGGCGUUUCAACUGGUGCAGCUAAUAAUGUUCAUUGGACCCUGAUUUGUUUCACGAAUAAACUUGAGCAGAACUUACUGUGUAUAUAUGCAGUGUUCUCGUAUUAGUUAUUUCCCUAGUUGCUUCUGUA